GGGCAGUAGGAGCCAUCCAGCAGCGUCCGAGGAACCUCCGUGGCCAUCUUUCGAGCACGUCGAACCCGGAGCAGCUCGGGGCUCGCCUCGGCGCUCCUGGGCACCGCGGGUCCGGGCCGCCGCCAGCCGCCCGCCGCCGCGGCCCUGCUUCCGCCUCCCCAACAAUCUCGACCCUCGCCGCGUUCCGUUCGUGCGCGGAGGAGCGGGGCGGGAGGAGAGGCUGCGCCCUGGGCCGGGGCUGAGACGCGUCGCGAGCGGCCCGGCCCAGCGGCUGCGCGAUGGCGGACGCGCAGCUCUUCUGCGUGGCCGAGGAGCGCAGCGGCCACUGCGCGGUGGUGGACGAAAACUUCCUCUACGUGUGGGGGGGCUACGUGUCUAUUGAAGACAAUGAAGUAUAUUUGCCUAAUGAUGAAAUUUGGACCUAUGAUAUUGAUAGUGGGUUGUGGACAAUGCACCUAAUGGAAGGAGAGCUCCCUACCUCCAUGUCAGGAAGUUGUGGUGCUUGCAUUAAUGGAAAGUUGUACGUUUUUGGCGGAUAUGAUGACAAAGGAUACAGCAAUGGACUUUAUUUUGUUAAUUUGCGAAGAAGAGAUGGAAACUACAUUUGGGAAAAAGUCUCCAAAGUUGAAGGACAGCCACCCACACCACGUGAUAAACUUUCCUGCUGGGUAUACAAUGACAGCAUAAUAUAUUUUGGUGGCUAUGGGUGUAGGAGACACAAUGAACUUCAAGACUGUUUUGAUGUUCAUGAUGCAUCUUGGGAAGAGCAGAUAUUCUGGGGAUGGCAUAAUGAUGUUCAUGUAUUUGACACAAAGUCACAGACUUGGUUUCAACCAGAAAUUAAAGGUGGAAUUCCACCACAGCCACGGGCAGCACAUACUUGUGCAGUGCUUGGAAAUAAAGGCUAUGUCUUUGGAGGACGUGUUUUGCAAACUAGAAUGAAUGAUUUGCAUUAUCUAAAUUUAGAUACCUGGACUUGGUCUGGAAGGAUUUCUAUCAAAGGAGAAAACCCUAGACAUCGGUCAUGGCAUACUCUAACAGCAAUAGCUGAUGAUAAGCUUUUCCUAUUUGGUGGACUAAGUGCAGAUAAUAUUCCUUUAAGUGAUGGUUGGAUUCAUAAUAUUAAAACAAAUGGCUGGAAACAGCUUACUUACUUACCAAAAACAAGACCCAGGUUAUGGCACACAGCCUGUUUGGGAAAAGAAAAUGAAAUAAUGGUGUUUGGUGGGAGCAAAGAUGAUUUACUUUCCUUGGAUACAAGUCACUGUAAUGAUUUGUUGAUAUUUCAAACACAGCCUUAUUCACUGCUCAGGUUAUGCCUUGACUGCAUUGGUAGAAAUGCUCUACUUUUAGAGACUCAGAUAUCUUUAUUACCGCCUAAACUUCUGCAGCCAGUACUGAAAAAAAUAACAUUUUGGACGGCAACUAAUCACCGAGAAGAACAGAAAGCCCAAAAAGAAAAAACUGGAAAUAGAUAUCAGUGGACUAGUAGCUUUAUAACAACUUGAAAAUACAGUUGUUAAAUAAUAUUAAUAGUAUUCAGUUAUUUAACUAUUAAUUAUAUAUAAAAAUAAUAAAUAUUAAGCUGUUAAAAUGUUAAUAAAGUAGAUAUUAACAUAAGCCA